AGGUAAAAACCCAAAUUGGGGAGGAGGGGUGAACACUUUUGCAAGGCACUGCAGUUAAGAAAAAAAAGUUAAUUUGUGGAGAAACACAAUGUUCCUCUUUGUGACCACUGGCAACAGUUGGCCUGUGGUUUCCCUUCAGAAAAUUCCCUUUUUUACACAUGAGAGACAUAUCGGUUUCAGAUUCAGGAUGCACAUUUGAAAUCAGGUGUGGUUUUGAGAAAAUAAGUUGUGAAACCCACGCAAUCUGCCACGUCGAACAGGAUGAAAAUGUGCCACGGGGUAAAUAAAAUGUCAACGUGUCAUACAACCAGUUUGAAUAAUUUCCAUGUGCGUUUGUCAAGGCACCACAUGCUCCCCAGGUUAUAGUAUAUGGACCCAUUUCAUCGCAAAUUCACAGAUUGUAUGCCAUCAGGACGCAUUCUGUUGAAGAUCCGUCAGCGUUUCCGUGAUGCCCAAGUUCAGAAAAACAAACAGUUUUUCCUGACGCUCCUUGCCAACGGACAGCAGCCUCUUCAACACGUGAAGGAGGGCCAUAUUUACCAGCCGCUGGACCACUUGAACCGGCAAAAUGUCAACACCUUUCCUCAGAGAUUCUUCGUGAACGAGGCAUACUGGCAGCGCCCCGAUGGUCCUGUGUUUCUCUUCAUUGGGGGAGAAGGACCCAUCUAUCACUUUGAUGUUCUUGCAGGUCAUCAUGUUGACAUGGCUAAAGAGCACAGGGCCCUGCUGGUGGCUGUGGAGCACCGUUUCUAUGGUGACAGCAUCAACCCUGAUGGACUGAAAACAGAGAACCUGGCAGACCUGAGCAGCCAGCAGGCGUUAGUGUUGGCUCGUUACCAGCUUGCCGACUUGGCUGUAUUUCAUCAGUACAUCAGCCAGAGCUUCAAUCUGAGCUGCAGGAACACCUGGAUCAGCUUCGGCGGCUCAUACUCCGGAUCGCUAUCCGCCUGGUUUAGAGGAAAGUUUCCCAGUCUGGUGUAUGGAGCUGUGGCUUCCUCUGCUCCCGUGAAGGCAAAGCUGGAUUUUGCUGAGUAUAACAAUGUUGUCGGCUCGAGUCUGAAGAACGAGGCCGUUGGUGGCUCAGAGAAGUGUCAGGCCAAAGUGCGGGAGGCGUUUGUUCUGGUCGAAGCAGCUCUGCUGGGUGGAAAUUUGACCAAGGUGGCUGCGGACUUUGGCUGCUGUCAGACUCCCAGAAAUCCUGAUGAUCAGGGGGAGCUGAUGCUGAGCUUGGCUGACAUCAUAAUGGGAACCGUGCAGUACAAUGAAGAGGGGGUGCUCAUGUCUAUAAAGGAGCUCUGUGGUGUUAUGACUGAUAAAAGUGAGGAGGAGGAGGCCUACAACCGCCUUGUGAAACUCUCACAGAUUUACCGCUCCACUUCUGAGGAGCCAUGUCUGGACGUGUCCCAUGAGAAAGCGGUGAACGACCUAAUGGACACGUCCUACAAGAAGCGUAGAAGAGCAGAGAGACAGUGGACCUACCAGACCUGCACUGAGUUUGGCUUCUAUCAGACCUGUGAGGACGCAACCUGUCCAUUCUCCGGGAUGUUAACCCUGCAGGCCCAGACCAAGCUCUGCGCCGAGGUGUUUGGCAUUUCCCAGCAUUCUUUGCCCGCACGCAUCGCCUUCACAAAUAGCUACUACGGUGGAGACGACCCGCACACGCGCAGGGUCCUGUACGUUAAUGGUGGAGUGGACCCGUGGAAGGAGCUGUCAGUGGUUCAGGACAGCGGUGAGGAGGCUCGGACCGUUUUCAUUAAGGAGACGGCACACUGUGCCGACAUGUCAGGUGAAAGAGCGAUGGAGCGCCGCUCCCUCAGGAAGGCGAGGCAGGAAAUCGAGAACCACGUCGCCCGCUGGCUGAGGACGGCAGCUCUGGAGAAGAUGAAGAAAAGAGGAGCGGGACUGUGAUCAGAUCACAUUAGAGCCAGAUCAGCUCUUAUCUUUGUUGUCAGAAACAGAUUAAGAACAGUUCAAAAAUCUGGCCUGACUGCUCUGCUUCGAUCCUGUCCUCCUCAACCCUCCAUUUCCUCCUGCUGGCCCCAUGUUUAGCUGCUAUCCAUAAUAAUCUCAGCUCUGCUGUUAAUCGCCACGCUUGUGUGAUUUGGAUGCUGCCGUUAGCGUUUUGGGCAAAUUAAAUUUAACGGUUUUGUGUUUUCCUUUUUCUUUUCUGUUUUUUUUAAUCAUUUUUAUUUGCUGUUGUUACAUUAUUUCAUCACCAAGGCGUGGCGCUGCAACUUUGUUAGGAAACUCCGUGAAAUCACCUGAUGUUAAAGUUUGGUGCCGUUAAUCUGCUGUUCCUGAUUAAAUGCAGUAAACCUGUCGAGGCGGAACAUUUUGCUCA